AUGGCUCCUCCAACGUAUGGUGAUUUGGGAAAAAAUGCCCGUGAUGUCUUCGGCAGAGGAUACCACUUUGGUUUACUGAAGCUCGACGUCAAGACCAAAACCGAGUCUGGCGUUGAGUUUUGCAGCGGAGGGUUCUCGAACCAAGACACUGGAGUCGUCGUAGGAAACUUGGAGACCAAGUACAAGAUCAAGGAGUAUGGAUUGACUUUCUCUGAGAAGUGGAACACAGACAAUCUUCUGGGUACAGAUGUUACUAUUGCCGACAAACUUCUUCAAGGGCUCAGUAUUGGAUACAGUUGUACCUUCUCUCCCCAGACCGGGAGCAAGACUGGAAAAUUGAAGACUACGUACAAACACGAAAAUGUAUCAGCCACAGCUGAUUUUGAUUUAAGCUUAAACGCUGCUCCUUUGAUUCAUUCAACAGCUGUAAUUGGUUACCAAGGAUGGCUUGCUGGAUAUCAAACAUCAUUUGACGCUCAAAGAAACAAGAUCACUAAGAACAACUUUGCCUUGGGCUUCACAGCAAAAGACUUUGGUGUUCACACUUCCGUAAACAACGGUCGCGAGUUCAACGGAUCUAUCUACCACAAGGUAAAGCCUGGAUUGGAGGGUGCCAUCAGCAUUGCGUGGAAUUCAAGCAACAAUUCUACACAGUUUGGUCUUGGUACCAAAUACGAUCUUGACAAUGAUGCCUGUGUAAGAGCCAAGGUCAACUCUCAGCUCCAGAUCGGUUUGGGGUACCAGCAAAAAAUGCGCGAGGGUGUAACUCUCAGUCUCUCAACGAACAUCGACGGCAAAAACUUUGGCUCAGGCGGCCACAAGAUCGGUUUGGCUCUCGAUCUCGAAGCUUAA